CCCAAACCCGGGAGGAAUCGGGCCUUCCUUCUUCCCUGUCUGGGAUUUACCGUGGGACUCUUCCAGGGGUCCCACUCCAGCGGCCCUAGUCCGGCGGGUGGGCCGGCUUCCUCGCCUCCCCCUCGCCCUGUGAGUUGAUGCGGCCUCACAAUGCCUCCCCCCCCCACCCCGUCGCGCUCCAGCCUCACUAGAUAGCGGGCAUGGGCAAUCAUGUCCUGGCAGCCGAGCCUGUGCCAGGAGGUGGGCGACGUGGUGGCUCGGCUCUUGGGCGGCGCGGUGCUGCUCUGCGUGGUCAGCAACGCCAUCUUUCUGGUGAGGAAGGGGCCCCUCCCGCUCGCCUUCCUGCCUUCGCCCGCAAGAGAGAGGGGCCCCAGGAGCCUCCUCCCAACGGGGAAGGCCGCCCCCGUCUCCGCGCGCGGGCGGGCGGGCGGACAGACCCCGACUCGCCGCUCGCUCUCUUUCCAGUUCUACCUGCCCUCCAGGCGCAGUCGGGGUUCGGACGGCCGGUGCCAGGCGCAAAGGAGCGAGAGUCGCCAGUGCGCCGAUAGCCGAGAAGGCGGUCAGGCCGGCCAGCGGGCCUCGCCUGCGGAGCAGCGGAGCGAGGCCCCCUCGACGGACCGCAGGCGAUCGACGGCGGGUCAGAGAAGCGACAGCGGCCCCAACGGCUGGUUAGGCCCCGCGGCCGCCCGGCUGGAGCAGAGAAGGAAGCCGAUGGUUCUCUUCGUCCCCGAACAGCAGCUUCCCGGUCGCGCUUCCCAGGCAGGGGGCAGCCUCUGGCCUCCCGCCCCCGAUAAGCCGGCCCAAGCGAUCGCUCCCGCCCGCCGGUUGCACGAGGCGGGCCUUGGGAAAAGCGGGUCGUUUCCGAGGCAGCGAGAGCUUACCGCUGGGCCCCCCCGCGGGCAGUAAAGGCGCUACCGGCAAAGGCC